UCUGCACUUCUUAUUUUUUUGCGCAUGUAUAUGUCCUGAAUCACGUCAUAUAUUUAAGAACAAGAUGUCUCAGCACAUAACACUGACAGGAGCAAGGGAGGGGCUGCUGCAAAACUCACUGAUAGAAUGAAUGCAAAGAGCCAAAAGAACACUUCCUGUUGAUGCAAAAAAAUUGCAGCAGCAACUGUCUGACACAUCUGGACUGGAGAGGGGGGGAGGCCUGGCUGUAGUGUUAGCGAACUACUGAGGGGAAUGGACACCGUUUCGUGCUAAUCUGCAAGACGGUGAGUUUGGCGGACUCGAACUACGGCUCGGACUAGUCACCGUAAUGCAAUGUCGGCUCGUCUUCGCCCUCACACUGCUGCCGACAAACUGGAGAAACAUAUCCAAGAAAUGGACGACGGCAGUUACAUCGAGUUUGAUGUGCCGGAGUUCAGUAACACUGUUCUGACUCAGCUCAAUGAGCUGCGGCUGCAAGGGAAACUGUGUGACAUCAUCGUUCACAUUCAGGGCCAGCCAUUUCGAGCACACAAGGCUGUGCUGGCAGCUAGUUCACCUUACUUCCGUGACCACUCAGCUCUUAGCACCAUGAGUGGCCUUUCCAUCUCGGUCAUCAAAAGCCCUGAGGUGUUUGAACAGCUUCUUGCAUUCUGCUACACAGGUCACAUGUCCCUGCAGCUCAAGGAUAUCAUCAGUUUUCUUACCGCUGCCAGCUUUCUACAGAUGCAAGCCAUCAUUGACAAGUGUACCCAAAUCUUGGAGAGCAUCCACUCCAAGAUCAGCCUUCCAGUUAGUGUCUGCAGCCCAGAGAAGGAUGACUCGCAGACCAGUCGCAAUGGGGUCAAUGACAGCAACCUUUUUGUGAACCCUACCCAGAUCUCCCCCCCUUACUACUCCCGGCAGAGUCAAGCAGGACACAGCUUGGGCCGGGGGCGGCAGCAGCAUGAGGAAGGCCAGUCAGACCGUGGAAGCAGUGAUAGUGUGUCAGAGCAUGAUACUCCAAUGGAGGGAGAAACCGAGCAAGUGGAACUCAUCGGCAAAGAUGGGCAAGUAACAGAUGUGCAUGUGAAGGUAGAGAAGACAGACAGGCCCACCUACUCUGAUAGUUCCUCAGCUGGUGAUGAUGGUUACCACACAGAGUUGGUGGAUGGAGAACAGGUAUUGGCUGUUAGUGUGGGAUCAUACUGUCCUGUCAUCCAGCCUGCUACCUAUUCUUACUCAGGGCUGUCCUCAAGCAUGUCCCCAUGCUUUGUCAACCUCAGCAGCUCCAGUCCCUCCCGCUCCAUACUCAGUGGCUUCAGAGGUGGGCGAGCCAGGGCAAAACGCCCCCUGGCCAUCCCAGCAGGGAUGCUGAGUCAUAUCAAACCAGGCUCAGAUGACAGCGAGUCAGCUGUUGGACCCACAGGAUUGGAGAAUGAUGUGCGAGAGCGCAGCUUGCGGAGCCAAUGGUACCCUUACAAUGAGAGACUCAUUUGCAUCUACUGUGGAAAGACCUUCAAUCAGAAAGGGAGCCUGGACCGCCACAUGCGCCUGCACAUGGGUAUCACUCCAUUUGUUUGCAAGUUCUGUGGCAAGAAGUACACGAGGAAAGACCAGCUCGAGUACCACAUCCGAGGCCACACGGACAACAAGCCCUUCCACUGUCAGAUCUGUGGAAAAUGCUUCCCGUUUCAGGGCACCCUUAACCAGCACCUGCGGAAGAAGCACAUGGGAGCAUCAGAGGGCAGCAAUCAUAUAGACUCUCCAGAGAGGACGGAGGGAAGCUCAGGCCAGAAGGACCAAGAGGAAAGGUCUGAGGGGAUGGCCUUUGAGGCACAAUAUGCAGAAGAGGCGCCAGCCAAUGAUAUGGAGGAAAGCUCAAAAUGUAGUCCAGAGGAGGCUCAAGCAUCCAGAUGUGAUUUUUAGGUUCUGCUUCAGGUUAAGGAAGCUUUAAGAAGUGUUUAUUUCAACUCAAGUUAGAGGACUUUUUUCGUUUUUAAUUAGCUCCCUCUACCAAGGACAUUUCUUGCAUUAAGGUAAAGUCGAUGAAUGCAGAGAGGAACUGGGUGCUUUAUAGAAAUUUUCUUAUAAGCAAAGGGAGAAACAACUUACUAUUUUUGAGGCGGUCUCAAUAAUCAAGACCCCCUUAUUGAUUUCUCUUUUUAUCUUUCAAUGUUUUUUUAAAACAUAUUUACAGAGUUAUAUAGGCAUGUUGCAAUAAUUGAUAAUGUGAAAGCUCUGGUAAGAUGCUUGUCAUAUCACCUUUUUACCUGACCUGUUUUUGCACAUGUGGCCACAGGAGGUCACUUACUCACAAGGAAUGAUUUUUCUGCCAGUGCAAAGCUUGUGUGACAUAUCCGUUCAAUACCUCAUGAAGCAACUAUACAUACUCAUAACAGACAGUAUUUUAACUUACAAUGAAACUCACCAGGUUCUACCUCAUAGCCAAGAACCUACCAGGCACAGAUAUUUUCACCGUUUUAAAUCCAUUCUAGGUUGUUUGUACAGUAUCUUUUUUGCCAAACCCUGUAAAGAAUAUUCACAAAGCCUUGAUACUUAAUGGGAAAUAUUCCUUGCUGAUUGUAUGGAUCAGGGACAAAGUCCUUGUCAGUUGUUUCAUCGUCAGCCAGGUUAAAAUGAUGAUUAAGAAGGUGCUAUGUUAGGAGUGCAUUAAAUUUGCUAGCUUGUGUGUUUGUUUUUGGCAAAUGCAGAGAACAGAGUAAGAGAAUGGCUCUGCAUACUUUAAAGAUAUUGUUUUGCUCUCUAAUAACAUUUGUUCUACAAAAACCUAGAUUUUAACUCUUAUCACUACUGGAGAUCUCAGUCUGUUGGCCAAGGUGGUUUUAGAUGCUAUCAUCCAUGUAAUGGGUGAAUAACAUCCUCACAGUGAAAACAUUUAUAUUCCUCUUAUACUCUGAUGGCAGAUUUAUACUGAACUAUUCUAUGUGUUUUGUCUUGAUGGUAGGCUGGUAGGCUUUAGGUAAAAACUCAGCAUCUAACUGAGACACGAGUACUCAUUCUGUCAACUCAGCACAGUAGGAACAGCCCUGGAUCUGUUCACGUAAAUCAAUGUAGUAUACUAGUCUGAAUAAUAUGCAAACAGAAAGAACAAAGGAAUCAUAGCCAUUUUAACAUGGUUUUUCUUACAUUAUUUGAAAGAAUUAUUGGUUUGUUUCCUUUUGUCUUUCACUCUGUCCUACCUUUUACGAUGGGACAAUCGAUCUGUGAUCUUUGUUUUCUGCAUUGGUCGGGGUCAAAUGCAGAUUUGGAACAUGGUUUACCUUAUUUCAACAAUCCUACUUUAUGGCGUCGACAUAGAUGCAGCAGAGCUAGACUAAGGCUAAGAGGUAAUAGCUUUUAGAGGUAGCUGGUGGGUGGGAUGGGAGCAGUGAUAAAAUGUGCUAAUCUAAGUCUUAAAUCUGAUGCAGUAACAGUGUCAGAGUAUUACUGCUUCACUGCAGUGAUUUUGUUUUCCUCUGAGUAAAAAUAUUGUGAACUUUGAUUAGACUGUAAUCACAUGAAUUAUAUUGGCUACAAGUCAAGCAUAUGACAACAUUGUAUUUUAUCUAUACUCUUUGAAUUGUGGGGAUCAGGGAUGGGGAUGUUUUUUAGCAUAUAUAGACUUGGUUUUAUUUCCAUUCUGAUUUGAAAUAAUCUACAUUCACCGUUAAGACAUAAAGGCACUUAGAAGGCCUCAUUAAUUAGUCAUAUUGUGCAAAUUUAGAGCUCAGUCGGAUGGUCCAAUUUCUGUUAUCUUGCGUUUUUGUUUGCCAUCCAGCUGCUUAACGCUUUGUUUUUGAGCACCUGCUUGUUUUUUUUGUGCCGUCUGGUCCAUGUGUUUGUGUCAAUCAAUUUGAGUUUGAUUAUUUUAUAGUUUUCUUAUAAUUUUCUACAUAAAAUGCGUUUGGUGGGAGAAAUUUGUGUUUUGUUGCUCAUGUCCAACGUUACGUUAAGAGUGCAGUUCUUUUGAUCCCAGUGAAUGUGCGUUCAUCAUCUUCACUCAUUGACGGCGAAGAUAACUAUCCAAAAUUUCUUCGAGAAUUUUGCAAAAAAAAUCGCGAUAGCUUGCUUUUCCUUAUCUUUUUGUGUACGGAUUUGUCAUCACCCACAGUCUGCAAACCUACAAAGUACUUUUUUAGAUGAAUGUUUACUCAGUCAAGUUUAUUUCUGUCAGCUGCUGAUGUGGCAGCUGAUCUGACCUCAUCUAAAAUACGCUGAAUAAUUCGAUUCUGCCUAUAAAGAUUCUUGCCCUUCACCUAGAAAAUUAGCAAAUGAAAACUGUCCUGCAUUAUUGUUGGAAAUGUUUUAUGAGUAAUGGGUACAAACUGCUAAAAAAACUUUGUGCCAAGAGUUAACACCAAAGACUAAUAGGUGAUUUUUAACAGUGAAGUUUGACUGUAUUGUAUAAUUGAAAGCUUAUUAAGAAGAAUAGGUUCUUAGUUUAACUAGUAGGACUAGUUCAUUGCUAUUUGCAAGGAAUGUAUGUUUCAGCUAAAAACAAUCACUUGUGUCAAAUUUGAACAAUUUGCUAAAAAGACAUUAAGCCGCAAAAGUCAUGAAUAACAUAUAUUAAGCCAUAAAAAAGCUGACAAUAUAAAAGUUGUGCAAUUGUAAUUGUUUAAAGCCAAUGUAAACAAGAGAGAGAAUACUUAACAAAAAGUGGCAUCUUAAACUUAGUGCCUUGCCACAAGCUUUACAUGUUAGAUUCUGGCACUUAGAUUCCUGUGCCUCUUUCGUUUGUUAAUGGAUUGAAUAGAGAGAUUAUAACAAAGUGCAGCCACAUUAUUUCCUGUUAAGUGGUACCAAGAAUGAGAAUUCAUAGAAAUUAAUUCAAGUUAUUCUGUCCAUUUUUUUUUGUCAUAGGACAGAGAAGUGGUUUUAAGGUUGAACUGAUUUUGUAGCAGUCGAUUACAAUCAAACAAGGCAGACUUGUUCCCUGCAAGCCAUCACCCCCAUGACAAUACUGUAAACCUUUUCUCUAGCCACCUAGGACAAUCUUUGCAAUGUACUGUAGUUGUAGACAUUUCAAUAAAGGAAGGAGAUGCAUGAGAAACGUAAAUCUUCUUCUUCCCUGUUCUCUCAGAGCAUCUGGCAGGGAAACAGCUGCCUGGGUAUUUAGCUGAUGAUAAACUGUGGAGAAAAAAAAGAAGCUUACCUUCAUAUACUGUAGCUGAAUUGCACGUUGCUCAACCACAAAAAUUGUAUGAAAUUGCCAAUGGAUUUUUUUUUUUUUUUUUAAACUUGACCUUUUUUUGUAUUUGUGUCAUCAAUUGUGCACUUACAGUUUUUCGUUGAUAGUACAUGCCAAUUCCAUCCAGGAAGUCUAGAUUUCUCUGUAGUUAUCCUUGAGAAGCUCACCUGUAAUGGCCUCAGUCACUUUGUUAGGGACCUUUCCCCUUAAAUGGUGGUUCUAGACUAGUCAGGUUUUUUUUUUCUUAUCAAAUGAAUAAACAAGUCCAUGUCUCCAUAAUAGGUGAAUUGAGGGGAAAUAGUUUCAAUGCGUUUCAUGAACUAUAGUUACUAAUGUGAUAGUACACAUCUACAGAACCAGCUGAACUUGAAACACUCGAAUCGACUCUUUGUCAACUCUUCGUUCCACACCUCAGAGGAGCGAGAGAUGCAUUAUGGGCCACAAGUAAUCAAAAGGAAGUGUUUACAGGGAAGGCUGUCAGACUACUUUUUUGAAAUUGCAGCUCGUCCUAUUCCUUUUAUAAUAAACUCACUUCAGGUAGUUUACGAACACUGAUACAGGCUUAGAAAAAAAUCUUAAGUCUUCCAUAGCUUUUCUGUCAGUUUCUGUCCACUGUGUAUUCUGAAAAAAAGCAAUAACCUUUUUAGAAGUGGUGUAUUGGGAUCAUCAAGCCUAUUGAAAUAUUGGCCUGUCAUAUAUCAAACAAACUGAAUGUCAGGGAGCUGUUGAUUUAAGUAGGACCAGGACAAUUUGAUAUUGAUUUAUUUUUAUAUAUUUUCUGAAGCCUUGGACAGUUCGGGUUCCUCUUCAGAAAAUAUAUAUAUAAAUGAAAAAGUGGUGUUGCUUGCUGGUUCUUUUUUUAAAUGAUGAUGAUGAUGAUGAUGAUGAAAAUCCAGUGGAUAGUCAGUAAACUGCAACACAAGAACUGAGCACGUGGUUCAGUCGUCAAACUCAGUGGCACUGUUCAGAGUUGCACCUCCAGCUGUGUUAAAUAAUGAAAGGGAUUUGGCGCUGUAUAGCCACUGUUUAGGAGCGGGCUAUCUGCUGUCAUGUCAUGGUUCAGUGAUCUCCUUUAGCUCCCCGGGCGCCGAGACUAGUUGUAGUUGUUGAGGAUAAAGAGGGGAAGUUUUCAAUCUAGCUAUUGUCCCAUUUCCUUUUAUACCUCUCUAAACACUGCUCUAUAACGUGUCUGGCUCAUAUUUGGUGACAAGGCAAAAAACCUUAGAACUCAGGGUAUAUCGUGUUUCAAAGUGGUCUCAUUGGACAUACACCUUAUGUCCAUAGUAUAAUUGUGCACUUCUCUUCAGGUGGGGAAACAAGUCCUCAGUAGUGGUUCCCAAACAUUCUGCCUCAACGUCUCAAUGAGCACCAUAUUUUCCACAGAGCUGUAGCUCGGGGAGCUCUGGAGAUCACGAGCUGAACCAUGGCAGCAGCAACGCCCCAACUCCUGUUUUUGUCCACUCUACACACAACCUCACAACCCAACUGUGAACCUCAGAACUCUACUGUUUUGUACAACUAUGAAGUAAAUGAAGCUAGCUAGAGCUGAUGUUGUAUCUAUUGCCAUUUAUGAAUUUAUUUUAUAGCAUGAAAUAAAAUAUAUUUAUUCAAAUUAUAUAUUUUACUCAUAAUCAUUCUGUGCUGCUUCAUUUUGGUUCUUAAGCUUGUAUAUUGCUUUUUUAUUAUAUAAAAUAAUGUCAAUAGAA